GUAAUCCUAGCUUAUCAGAGAGUACACCGAACUUCUCGAUAUCGCCUUAGAUUGUUGAUUGUAACAGUCAGCUAGUCGGGUAUUGAGCGUCCGAUUGUCCAGCUACGUGGACGCCGAGCUAUGUCCAUCUGUACCUGGAUCAGAGUCGCAAUAUUGUACACAGCUGGAGAAUCUGAUAGGACAGAGAACUGUUGGGGCUUGAGUUGCCUUGUGUUUUACUCAUAGCGUUAUCCCGGAGCUGAUAGUUACCGGUGUGUUCAGAAUUGGCAUAUGAUGGAUGAAAACUGUCUCUAAAUAUUUCAAGAUGGCGGACGAAAGAAGCUUGUUGUCGUCUGCUCCCAAACCACCCAAACAGGAAAAUGAUAGGCCCGCAGAUCAAGAGCCGAGACAGGCUCGAAGUCCUAAGAAGAAGAAAGUCAGACGCCAUCGAGCACCGAAAACAACUGGACUAGAUCGUUUGGAGGAAGAGACAGACGAAGAAAAGGAGAAGAAAUUAAGCUCUCGGGAAAAGACACAGGUGAAGGUUGACGACGCGGAGGUGGAGUUCAUCCCCAGCGUCAACUACAUCGACGACAAAAAGAUCCCCGGCGUCGAGGAACUAGAGAAGGACGAAGGCGAGGAGGAGGAGAAAGUGGAAGACUUUGAAGAAGAAGAUCCAUGCAUGACAGCAGAGGAGAAACAGGCUAUGUACAAUGCGGCAUCGAUCGGGGACAUUGACCUCCUGGAGGACUGUCUAGACAAGCGCUACUCCGACAUCAAUAUGAUUUGGUACCACGAGAAUCUGCUGGUGGCCGCACUUAAGUCCAAACAGGAGGAGAUGGCGGAGUUCCUCAUAGACAACGGCGUGAACUACAACUACAAGACAUCCCUCAUUAACAUAAAGGAUGAGAGAUCACGGGCAAUAGAGUGGUACACCUGCAGCUGUAGACAGCUGGCUUUCGACAAGGGGAUGCACGACAUUGUGGAGCUCAUCGACUACCUGAACGGGGAUUUGUUCAGCUUCAUUAAACCUAAAGAAAGGAUCCCCAGAUACCGCCGACCCAAGCCCCCCACACCUGAACCGUCCACUGGGGGCGAGUCCGAGAAUGAUGCUUCCAGUGAAGCCAGCAAGGACAGGUCAGAAGAUGAGGACGAGACUCGGCCAAGGAGGAAGAAGAAGAAGAAGAGGAAGGAUUCCAAAGAGGAAGAUGGGGAUAAGAAAGAUGAGACUGAUAUUGGUGAAGAACAAGAGACAGAAAAAAGUAAUAAAUCGGAAAGAGAUGUCAGUGACAAUUUUGAUGCAGAUUCUGGACAUCACAGCAGUGAUAGUGUAGCUGACACUGAUAAAGCAGAGGCUGAGAGAGAAGACGAAGGAAGAAAAACACAACAAUCUGACAGCUUCAGAAGAAGUAGAACUAGUUCAAGUCGGUUUAGAACUGGUUCCAGCCGGUGCACUAGUUCCAUACUGACCCUUGACGCUCGCAGCCCUUCUCCUCCGCGAUUUCGGAGCGAGACUUUCAUGAAGCGCUUUAUGUGCAUCAGCGCCGCCAGUGACGAAGGCUAUGGCUCUCUUUCUUCCAAAAGUUCCCCCACGAGUGCAGAAAGCAAACAGAAAAGGCCACGAGUGGCAAUUAUAACUCUUCCGCCACGAGGCACCAAGUCUUCACUGAUGCUGAGAAGGGCAUCCCUGCAUCGCAAGGCAGAGGCUGAACAGGAAGCUGAACAGCCUUUGCUGCAGAGGAAGGUGCGGAUUCCUGGCAGUUAUGGCGCCGAGAGUCGACUGUGGUAUCAGACAUCAGUGCCUACCAAUACAAACAGUUCUGGAAACCCCAUACAAACGGGGAAACGUGCAGAUCUUCAAAACAUUAACAAUGUCAAGAAUGUUCCAAAUCGCCAUGCCGCGCACUAUAUGCAAAUGACAACUAGUGCUUAUACGAAACGAAGGCUGGAUCCUACUUUCACCAAGUGCUACAGUUCGCUUGACUUUGUAACUGAUAAACUCAUCAAAGGUCCCCGAUCGGGGAACAGAAGGGCAUUGCCCACAAGACAAACUGUGAACUGUCCCAGAUCGAACACUAAGUCUGGCAAGGAGAACAUCUCAGCAAAACUCCCGAUUUCUGAUAAUGAGACAAAGAUUCCACCGUUUCGUGACUCAGUGGUGACUCUGACAAGGGUAUGGUGAUCACAUAGGACUUAUUCAGUAUGACUUCAUUCUAUUUCAUUAUUAGUUAUCAAUUAUUGACCAAGGAAUAUGAUGCUAACAACAUCUCCUUAAAUCUAAAUGAGACGGUCUUUUAAAUCUUGAUAGUGUAUACAUACCGAUUACAAACUUAAAGUAAAAUAAUAUAUUGUAUAAUAUUUUUGUACUAAAAUUCAGAAUAAAUG